ACUCCUCAGAGCAACAGCCCCUCCAGAACCAGAGCCGUGACCUGCAACAAGGGCUAAGGCGUGCAGUCUUUCUCUGCAGUCUCACAGCGGUACACAGAGGUCCAAACAGGGGGAGGAAAGUACACCCAAAUCGCAAUGGGGACGAGCUGAACUGCAGGCACGAGACAGGCUCGACUGUUUUUAUUUUGUGCGCGUGCUGCUUGCAGGAGCAACGUUUAGCUCUCGCGGCGGCAGAGACGUUGGAAGGUGCUAACGGUCGGAGACGGUGGAGGUUACCUGAAUACCUGCAGUGUUUCACACCGACGCCAGCUCAGACAGAGACGGGACUCGGAGACCGCCACACGGGACAGGAGAAAGUUUCUGAAGCCUAGCGCCACCUUAGCGGCUAAACAAUGUGGCUGACCCCGACAAAGUCCGUCUCGUCGUCGGUUGUCCUGCUAAUCCUGCUGGCAGUCCGCUGGUCCCACAGCGUUUUAAUCUCUCCGCAAGAGGCGAACCAGUUUCUGAGGAGACACAGGCGAGCAAAUCAAGUUUUUGAGGAGACGAAGCAAGGACACUUGGAGAGGGAGUGUGUGGAGGAAAGGUGCACCAAGGAGGAGGCUAGAGAGGUUUUUGAAAACGACCCAGAGACGGACUACUUCUAUCCCAAGUAUAUAGACUGUGUGGAGAAAUUUGGGAAUUCUGAAAAGAAAAAGCAGGAUCUGAUCACAUGUGUGCAUAACAUUCCAGACCAGUGCUCUCCUUCUCCUUGUAAUGCCAGUGGUACGGUGCGCUGCGAGGACAAAAAGGGCGACUUCCACUGCCACUGCUUCACAGGCUGGACAGGAGCCAGUUGUGAGAAAGAUGUCGAUGAGUGCAGCAAAAAUAACGGAGGCUGUGAACAUGAAUGCAACAACACUAUAGGAAGUUACCGCUGCUCCUGUCGCCGGGGCUACAUGCUGGUGGGUCGCCACAUGUGUAGCGAUAUCAACGAGUGUGACGAUGCAAGUGUGUGUGGAGCAGCUCGAUGUCAGAAUAACGAGGGCGGCUAUGAUUGCCUGUGCGAGGACGGCUACGUCUAUGACAAUGAAAGCAAGAGCUGUGUUGAUGUGGAUGAAUGUCAGUCUGGCGUUUGUGAGGAGGAGUGUUUGAACGUUCCCGGGAGUUUCCGUUGCUUCUGUGAUGGUCGUCAGGGCAGGAAGCUGGGACAGGACCUGAGGAGCUGUAAGCCUUUAACACCCUGUAUGUCGCCUUCCCUGAAGAGGAAUCCUCGUUCUCUUUAUUUGGGUCGCAUGUUCAGCGCCGUGCCCGUUGUACGGCUGCGUUUCCGCCGCAUGGUUCACACGGGUUUCUCUGCGGAGUUUGACCUGCGCACCUUCGAUGGUGAGGGGGUGAUCUUCUUCGCAGGAGGCCACCUCAACAGCUCCUGGAUUGUUCUUGCUUUGCACCAGGGGAAGCUGGAGCUGCAGCUCAAGUACGGUGCCGUCAGCAGAGUCACCAGCAGCGGGCCCCUCGUCAACGACGGCCAGUGGAGAAAGAUCUCAGUGGAGGAGCAGGGCCGGAGUCUUGUCAUAAAGAUUGACAGGGAGGCUGUCAUGAAGAUCGCUGUAAAUGGGGAUCUGUUCACUCUGAAGAAAGGCAUGCAUGAACUUAAUCUCACUGUAGGAGGAGUUCCUUUCAGAGAGGAUGGCCUCGUCAAUCAGAUAAAUCCCCGCCUGGACGGCUGUUUGAAGGAAUGGCGCUGGCUGACGGGUGAAGACACCUCAAUCCAAGAAACCAUUCGGUCCAAUGACAACAUGCAGUGUUUCAGCUCUGAGGUUCCUGGAGCGUAUUAUCCUGGAGUUGGCUUCGCUCUCUUCAACAUCAGCUAUGAAUCAAAGAACCUGAGCAUCCAGAUGACCCUGCGCCCUCUCUCCGGUAUUGGAGUGCUGUUUGCACUGGUUCACCAGGACAAAGUGCCUCUCUCCAUCGCUCUGUCUGACUACAAUCCUACCACAGACGAGUGGAGAGACUUCAUUCUGGUUUCUGUAGGCGAUGUUGUUAUCGCCAGCUCUCCUGCAGCCCUCUGCGACGGUGAGAGUCACAAAAUCCAGGUGACCAUCUCAGGUAACCAGACUCUUCUUGAGGUCGACGGCCAACCUGGACGAAGUGACGAAUCAGAAUACACUACAGACGUCUUCUCACAUUCAAGCACCUUUAUAGGAGGCCUCCCAGAUGUUUCUCUGGUGUCCACCCUGGUGUCAGCGCCCUACAGCGGCUGCAUGGAAGUCACCGUGAACGGACAGUCUCUGGAUCUGGACAAGGCCAUCCACAAACACAACGACAUCCGCUCUCACUCCUGCCCCCUGCUGAGCUCUCAGCUGUGACGAAAAUCAGUCUACAAGCAGGUCUUUGACUUGAUGGGCAAGAUGUCCACUAAAAUUCCAAAAGCUCUGACUCAUUGGGAGAUGAUGGCUUAGAUUAAAAAUACACAUUUUUAAAAUUGGCCCCUCUGCAUAGUGGAAUCUGCUGGGUUUUUCACAAUUCUUACAUUUCUAUGACCUAGUAUAUGGAAUAUGGCAAUACAUGUUAAUGUGUUAUAGGCUUGUCGACCCACAAGAACACCGCAGAGGAUUUUCAGAGCAGUGUUAGAUGGUCAGAGUUCUACACUUGCUACCUUUGCUGAAAUCCAGAUUUAUUUCAAUGUCUCUGCUGGCAUUCCCAAAGCUUAGUUAAAGGGGGUGCUAACAAAUGUAAAAAAAAAUAAAUAGGACACCACUAUACCCUGCUCAGAGAAACUGUCAUCACCCGGUGCUUAAACGACUCUGAGCGUUUGGUGCGUAGUAACGUGUUGAUUGUGAACCUAGUCAUAUUUGCCCUUAAAAUGCUGAAUCUCCUUUUGAGCCACAGCAUCGAGACACAGCUUUGUGUUUUAUUUGAUGACCUUGCACAUCGUUGCAGGUAGAAAUGGACUGCGAUCUAAAGCCACUUUUAUGAUUUCCUCUCCAAUACAAACGCACUUCAUGUCUGCCUGCAACCUUAAAAAUCAACCAUGUGCCUAGAAGAUAACAGCCAACACAAACAUGUCAACAGCUCCCCUCUGAUCAGGUGAACCAUUUUGCAGCGGUGCAGUACUGUAACACCUCAAGAUGAAAUUGUGUAAGCGCCUACCAGGUGGAUUCCAGUCCUUUCAAGCACUGACUAACUUCAUCACAAAGUCCCCUUCUUCUCCUAAGAGUCGCUGAGUCACAGUUAGAACCUGCCACAUACCAACCUGACGUCCACAGAUGGGCCACAGAAGCACAGACAAGACGGGAAGGGGCACUGUCCACAGAGGCAGACAAAGCACUGCAUUAAUCGCACCACACAAGCUACUGAGAACAAGAAGAGUGCGCUGUAUUAUACUGUGUGUAAAUAAUGUUACUGUAAAAUGCUUUAGAAAUGACAGAAAGCAAACACUACCUUCUGCUGCAAUAUUUUUGAUUGUUUCAACAAAAGCAUUAAAGCCUCUCAUCCUCUGCGUCUGAGGAAGGUUUCAGCAAUAAGUCCGUCUGCUCGACACAGGCACCGAGAGGUGGGGAGAACAACGGCCUGGAAUCCAAGUAGCAUCAGUCUUUAGGAGCUCAUUUUAAUUUCACGGUGCUGAGCAGAUUAAAAACAUGUCAAAACUGACAAUGUCAGAGGAGCAUUUUUGACUUGAAACGCCAAAAGGGCUCCAGUGUUGUUUUACAUCCUUGUCAUUUUAUAGUUUUCUUUUGAAUGAAUGCAAGAGUAUCAAGUUUGACCUUUUUAUUGUAUUUUUUUUUUUAUCAUGUGUUGUAUCUUGAACUUUUCCCUUAUUUUUUUAUUUUUCACGUUAAACUGCCAGUAUGUGUACAAUGCUGCGAGAUGUCUGCCUUUUGAGUUUUAACUUCCCUUAAACCUAUUUAAAAAUAAAAUCAGUUGUAUAAACAUUAUAUUAUAGAGUAAAACUGUAUUUUCCAAAACAUUUAUUUGUUCACUUUGUGAUCUUUGUUACGUGGUCCUAAAUAAAGGCGGCUCCUCGCUUUGA